UGAAACGUGGGCGUUUGCUAAUUCGAUCAAGUGAGUGCCUUCCGGUGUAGGUCGCGGUGAACAAGUUUCAUCGUAUGUUCAUACCUUUAUUUACUUUUCUCCAGCAGAGUUAUUUGGCGUCGGCACUUUUCAAUGGACGGAUAAAAGUGGUAUGCUGUAACGGUCACGAAACCUCGCUGCGCGGUUUCACUUUCAAGGCUUACGCUGGCGGGAUUACAAAAAUGUUAACUUACCUGACUUACCCGUACACACCGCUUCGCGACUGCCGAAUUCGCUAAAAGGAGGCUCAUCGCCGUUUGGGUUCGAUCAAGUGAGUGCCUCCCCGUUAAAACGGCGUUCGCUAAAACGAGCUUCUCUAAACCGCAUGCCUCCGACGCUGGCGCAUGCUGACAUCCCGAUCGGUUCAUUUGCGGACAAGGCUACAUUUACAAUCCGCCCAUCGUUAACUCUAUUUCCAAUCGGAAAGUGGGUGACGUGGUUUCUAUGACAACCAAAGAAAACACGCUGCCCAAACAACCGCUCUGGUCGUGCGGUCGCGUUUCACGUCACGGACAUUAGGGGAAGCAAAGCGAAAUUCCCGCAACAGUUCUUGGACGCAGCGAGUUCGAAAGAAGCCAGGCGUGGUAUGUGGACAGUCGCUGCGGCGCACAAAAAGAGCACCGGCCCGAUCGACUCCUACGACAGCCUCAAUGACGUGCACCUCUGUUCCCACUUCAGCCGGCGCACCGUACAGCAGCGCAUGGCACGGAUCGGCCUCGUGCAGAACAUCAUGCCGGACGGACGGCCCGACCCCGCGAGUCACUGCUGCUGCGGCGACAGACUGCCGGUGCUCGGCGAAUCUAAGAACGUUGUCAAUGCCAGCGCGCGAAGCUUCGACCGAGACCGAACUUCCAAAGAAGUGUGUUCCGUUUGCCACAAGAGAAUCGUUCCGGCCGCCCUGAAGAAGUUCGUUUCGCCGUACCUACUCCCCGUGAGUCCAGCGUCAAAAGUAAGGCCCCAACCUAAAGGAAGGACGACCAUCGGUAGUUCCGGGGUCAAUUUGGCGAUGAAGCGGAGGUCGGCAGAGUCGUCUAGAUCGGCGACUGCGAGCAGCGACCCGACGGGAGACCGUACUUCCCAAACAAAAAACCUCUUCCCGAAGAAAUCGGGCUGUCAGCUUACCUUCGUGUUCCGAGGAACUGGACUGGCAGCGCAGGACAAGACGUUGCAAGGCAGCCCUCAGACUGUCAGGGUGACUCAGCAACAUUGUGGCGGGAACCCUUUGACGGUUUACGCUGACCGGAUAUCUCGCGGAGAAAUGCUCACUUUCAUGUCCCGCAGGCACUGUGGCUACCCCUUUAGCAUCGUGAUAUUUGUCGAUGGCAUCAGAGAUGUCCAGCUGAGUAGUUGCUGCGAAUACCGUUACGGCGUCGGUGCCCGUUUGGGUGGCGCUCUCGGACACUUUACGCUGGUCGACAUCAAGGGUGGAAGUCCUUGCUACAAGUGCAUGCUGGAAAGACAGUUCCGAAAUUUGCCCCGUGAUAUGCUUGGAAUUCUGUCGUUGCCAGAUAGAACAGCGAAUCGGCAGCCAGUACAGGAAGGGUGGUCGACAAUCCAAGCUAAGCACACAUUUGAUACAGGUGCUCUUUCCAGUAGAUCUGGGAGCCCAACUGCUGCUUCUAGUUCCGACAAAGAGGACAGCACACAUUCAAUAGCAAACUCCGAUUCUCCUAGAACAGAAGAUGUAGAACAAUCCUUGCAAAGAGAUACGAGUCGGUCAGACGACAACUGUGAGGACCAAGAGCAACUUAGCAUGGAAAAAAUACUCAGUGCAAGUGAAACAGAUCUGCACGUGGUAUUUUCCAGUAGUCCAUCAAGCGCACCCGAGCGCACAGAUAGAUCUCCCCCAGAAACGGACAUCGCUGUUGCGUCUGCUAACGGUAUUACAGAUAAAUUUAAAAAUCUGGAGAUUACUGACAGCAUUGAACCGAGCUUAACAGAGAAUAGUACUAUACUGUCGUCCAACCCGGCCAAUCUGGAUGGUGCAGACACCGAGCCAGAUUCAAAUGAAUUGUCAGAUAUGACAGAAGGCCAUCCUGAACCACAUUUGAAUCCGAUUCAUCCUUCUGUGUACUAUGUGCAAGACAAAAAGAAGCAAUGGGGUUCCGAUCCAGGUCAUGGGGAAAGCUUCUCAUCAGAUGAGGAAGCACAAGGCAUCACUGUGACGGUCGAAGCAGACAUACAUGCUUGUCCUCAAGACUCUGGCAUCAAUGUAAAUAAAAAGCGGGACAAUAUGCACAGUAAUAAAAGUGCUCCUUGAAACACC